AUCUUCUUGCCUAAAUUGAAUGAGGAUCCUGUGCACUUUAAUCUCCUGUUGGUGCCACUGGGCUAACUGAAGAUAGGGUUUUGAAAUCUCAGCUGUAAAGACAUCCAGCCAAAGUCUCCAUCUUGCCUUAAUAAUGUUCCAGAGGCUGAAUAAAAUGUUUGUGCGUGAAGCUGAUACUUCCUCCAACCCAGAACCAGAAUUUAGUGAGAAAGAAGACGAUGAAUGGAUUCUUGUUGACUUCAUAGAUUCCUGUACUGGGUUCUCAGCAGAGGAAGAAGAGGAAGAGGACAUCAGUGAAGAAUCACCUACUGAGCACCCUUCAGUCUUUUCCUGUUUACCGACGUCUAUUGAGUGCUUGGCUGAUCCAAAUGAUUCCUGCUUCCUCCAGUUUGAGUCCUGUCCAAUGGAAGAGAGCUGGUUUAUCACCCCUCCCCCAUGUUUUACUGCAGGUGGAUUAACCACUAUUAAGGUGGAAACCAGUCCAAUGGAAAACCUUCUCAUCGAACAUCCCAGCAUGUCUGUAUAUGCUGUGCAUAACUCCUGUCCCAGUCUCAAUGAGGCUAACUGUGGGACUGAUGAAUUUCAUAAUACAAGUAGUCCCAGAGUGGAAGCUCAGAAUGAAAUGGGGCAGCACAUUCAUUGCUAUGUUGCAGCUCUUGCUGCUCACACUUUUCUGGAACAACCCAAGAGCUUUCGUUCUUCCCAAUGGAUAAAAGAACAUGGUGAAAGACAGUCUCUUAACAGAAAUAGCCUUCGUCGCCAAAAUCUUACCAGGGAUUGCCACUCUCGGCAAGUCAAGCACAAUGGCUGGGUUGUUCAUCAGCCCUGCCCUCGACAGUACAAUUACUAAGAUUUUCAAGUUUGUUGGCUUUUUUUGGUUUAUGCAUUUAUGUGUGGGUGAGUGUAGCUGUACAAUGAAGAUGUCCUUUCACAGCCAAUGGAUGACCAAUUGCAUAUUUUAUGAGUGCGUUUAGACACUAUCUUGAAAAACUUAUUUACAUGCUUGUGUAUCACAUAAUGCCUUUUUCUUAACCUUUUUUUGUAAAUUUUUUCAGAAUGGUUUUGGAAUUACAGUGUUUGGGGAUGUCUUUAAAUCUACUAAAGUUGACAUGAGUUAGCAUUUUAAAGACAUUUCUUCCCAAGUGUGAGAAAAAAUUCCAUUUUAUUUUGUGUUACUUAAAUCUUUACAGUAAGCAAAAACUUAUUCUCAGGGUCAGCCAUACACUUUAUUGACCAGUACUUGAUAAUCUUUUUCUGUAUAUAGUUUUUACACACUAACAUGAGCAUUAACAUGUGAUAGUUGCCAUGGACAUAAUGAAAUUAUGGCUGAAUUUUUUUUUUUUUGAAAGAAAACUUGAUGUAUUUCUGUGUGUUUGGGUUGGUUUUGUUUUUCCAGGUUAGUCAUACAGUUCAUUUUAGAAUUCAGGUACAGUUAAGCUUCAGUGAACAAUGUGGUCAUUCUGAUGCGAUUAUGUGAUGUGGUACAGACAUUAUAGGUUUCGUGAGAGGGAUUAAAGUUAACCUGUGAAAUUUUAUUUGGAAAAAAUGUAUGUCUAUAGCUCACCCAUCAGCCCAGUAUUUGUUUUGCUUCUUUCCUCCUGACUCUGGCCACCUCCUACAUCACAUCAGCUGUUAAUUUGAAAGAACUCUUCCAGGCACUUAAGUGACUUCAUAGUUCUGUCUGACCAAAAGAGAAGAGUGGUAGGCUUUUUAUUUCCAGAUACCAUGGUAAAUCCUCCUCCAUAAUGGAGCCUGGCCUGCCACCUGCAAACAUGGGGGGGUGGGGGUGGCUUUUCUUAGAUUCUAAGCAAAGAACCACCAGUUGGCUUCCUUGAGUUUUCAUUCUUUGUUUCACUUGGGUUUCAGGCAAAAUAUUAACCAUUUUGGUGUCUGUUUUCUUCACCAACAGGGAAGUAAUAUUAUUUACCUCCCUCACAGUAUUAACUGUGAGGUUUGUGUACUGAUUUGAAGUGGGGGUGUGUGCUGCCCAGGAUUGGACCCUGUGUGAAAUUCCAAGGGCCUCUCUACUGAAUCUAGUGAUAGGGUGGGGCCUGUGGUGGUUUUCUAAAUAAUGUUGGUGCUACUGAGGCCAGGUGCAGGGUUCUAGCCACAUGUAGGCCAGUGAACUUGACACAAAAUCUAUCCCCUUACCUCUAGCCAGUCACUUUACACUUUUGCAGUUGUGAUGGGUUUUGCCGAGCCAUCCACACUCCCACUGAUUUCCUCUUGAAAUUGAGUAAACACCUUUAAAAUCAAAAGCACAAUCUACUGACAGCAGUAUCACUUUCAAUAAAUAGCUUAUUUUUUCAACUCCUCUGUAACCCUAGUAGUACACGUCUGUAAAUGUUUUCAAGGAAAAAAAGCAUGGUUAUGUGAAGUGUUACAGUUUUCAAUGACACUGUAGCAGAUUUGACACGGAACAAUGGGAGGCUUUUCUUUGGGGGGAAAACUGCUCUCUCCCGACUAGACUGGUGUGGCUGGAAAUGGGAGCUGGCAGAAAGAGGAGUUAGAUGGUGGAAUGUUAGGCUGUUUUCCCACCGGCUGUGAAAAAGUGCCAGGGUAUCUCUUUACCAGAGUCUAGAUUCCUCCGGGUAUCUCCAGACUCCUUCCAUUUUUGAGAACCCCUUUAUUUGUUUUCUAAUUAGGGGCUAUGUCUGUAACGUGGUCAAACUAAGCUAGAAGGUAUUUUGCUACUGUUUUGCGUUACCAGAAUAGGGAGUUAAGGUUCAUGUUUUCCUAAAAUUGUGUGUUUUACACCAUAUUUGUUAUAGGGCCAUACAUAAGUUGGUAAUGUGAAACAGAUCACAAAUGUUUCCUGGAUGUAAGCCUCUAUUCAUGAGGGUGUCUUCCAAACAAUACGUGCAAGUUGUUAGUACCUCAAAAGCUACAAACGCUCAGCCAUGAGAAUUGGUUGGACACCAUGAAAUGAUUUGUAUAUAAAACUACAAUGGAUUUUUCCCCCCACCUUGAAUUUCCUAAACCAUUAAAUACAUCCACAUCCUUAUCAGUUAUAUUGACUCUGCCUCACCUGGACCUAACCUACUUUCAUAUGGUUUAUACCUGGAAAAUAAAUACUUUCAGUCGUAGGGAGGUUUGGGGUUUUCUGUUUUCAGGGCAAGAGUUACCAUAUCACCUGUCAUAUGUUGCUGUGGUUUCUGUGUCAGUAUCUAAAGUUUCUGUGUAAAAUUGGAGAAUUGAAGAAAAUGGUUUACAUAAUUCAGUUGCAGUUCUUGGUCAUUAGAUGUUUAUUAGACAUCUACUAUAUGCAAGACACAGGCCAAUAACAACACAGAAUUAUGCUGACCUGCUACGCACUCUUUGAAACGUAGCCAAAAUGCAUUCUGUAAGUUAUUAAUCUUCACUGUUGUAAAUACUAGUGGUUUACAGUGUACAUUGUGUACAUCCCUUAAAAUUCAAGGAGUGAGAAAUGAGAGUCCUCUGAAUUUAGUAGCUAUGACACUUUCUAACCCUGUGAUACAGAAUGUUACUUGGAAGAAGUCUGGAAGACAUGGUGCACUCACACAGGGCUUCGUGAAUGAGUUUUCUUUGAUUUUUUUAAUUGCACCAUGUCCUCAGAGCUUGUUUAUGUUAAUAAAGCCUUUUAUAAUGUACAAUACAUGUAUUAUUUUUUCUUCCUUAACUAAUUGAAUUAUGUACUGCACUGUUAAAUUGAAAGUGAACCAUCUUAUUUAUCUUCUUUUGCAAUACAUCUGUAUGGUUGCUUUUUUACAAAUAUGUUAGGCGAGAAGAUGCAAAGUGAUUAGAUUUUUGGCUUCCUAUUGCAAGGAUUUUUUUGGUGUGUGUUUUAAAAACCUUAUCCUGCAUAUUUUUUCUGAUGCCCAUGCAAAUUGUUCCUGUUUACAUAACCUUUCUGUUGCCAUAAGUACUUUUCAUUCUAGUGAGAAGACAGUUUGCUUCAAAUUUGAGAGAACCUAUGAGCAUUCUCCCUUGUUUCUUGGUUCUCAACUCUGUGUAGCACACUGAUUAGUAAUCUUCAUGUACUUAUUGGCUGUUACUAUGUUAUUUCUCAAGAAAAUAUUGCUUCUAAAUACUCUAAUAAAAGAAAAAAAAGCAAGGAAAGUGUCUUUGUGACCCUGAUUUUCUUUGAGUUGCAAACAAAAAUGAAGGACUCCAACAAGAUAGGCAUUUAAAUAGAAUAGUGGAGUGUGAGCAUUUCCAAGUACUGGGUUUUGCAGUUAGAAUCAGUUAGUAGACUGCUUCUUGUACUGGGAGGCACCAGUUUGUAGACUUCUUCUUGUACUGGGAGGCACCAGUUUGUUUUUGUAAUGUUACGUAAAAUUUACAAGGCCCAUACAUAUUGGUUAAAACCUUCUAAAAGUUGGGGCUAUUCUGGAUGGUUUCAUUAUCAGCCAGGCUGGUGUAUUAUGGCAUCCUUAUCGACUUCGUGCUUUAUAUGAAAUGCUUUAUUUAGAAAGCCUAUUGAGUCCAGUGGUGUCAGCCUUGCCAUGCCCCAAUUUCACUUGAAAAUUGACACCAAUUGAAAUGAUCUGGGCUGAGGAGAAGCAGGUACAAGAAAGCAUACAGAUAAGGAUAUCUUUUUUAAUUUGGAACUGUAUCCUUCACAUGGAAGAAGUAAGUUACUAUUCAUAGAAAGGCAGCUUAGUGGAAAACAUUUUGUAUUUAAUUUUUUUCUUGCAUCAUUUUGUGUGUGUGUGAUUGUUCUUUGCAGUUUUGUUCUAUAUUUGCCUGAAAUUUGGCAUUUUGUUCUUUAAGUAGGUGGACUUCUAAAAACCAAACCAGCCAUUGGGGUAGUGAGAGGUGUACGUUUUCAAGUUUGGUGUGUCUGAGUGGUUUUGUUUGCAUUUUGGUUGUGUUCCUCCACAAGUUUUUAACUUAAUUGAUAGUUGUGUGUUAAUUUUUAAGUGGCUUUGACUUUAUUUUUCCUUAAGUAAAAUUGUGAACACUUAUCACAACACUCAUCAGUUAUGGAGAAUGGUAUUGUAGAGUGUAAUAUGUGCCUUAUUAAUGUGUUUCUGGACACAAGGUUGUUUUUGUUUUUGUUGUUCCCAGCAACUUGAAAACUCAAAAGGGACAUUUGGUUAGGUUAUAAACUGUGUAUCAAUCUAUGCAUAAAAGGCAGCUUGUUGUUUUCUUGAGCCACUGUCUAAAUUGUUUUUUCUGUUUUUAUAAAAAUUUUUAUACUGAAUUGGUUCAUAGAGGGUCAGUUUUAUACGCAGACUGAACAAUACAGCACUUUGCCAAAAAUAAGUGUAGCAUUGCCUAAUUAAACAUUGUGUAUUAACGCCAGUUCUUUAUAAUUGGGGUCAGUGGGUACAUUUUGCACUUUCUGGAUGUUACAGUUUUUAAUGUCAGUCAAUAAAAAAAGUCCUUUAAUGUCA